UCGUCCGUGGACUCGAGACAAUGCGGAGGUGUAUAGACGUCCGUUAGCCAUGUUCCGUCGUGAUUGUGCUAGAAGCGGAUCGUUCGUUUUACGACAAUGGUGAAGUUUAAUAAUAUCGCAAAAUUCGUGACUUCGACACGCGUUGGACGAUGAGUCCAUUUGUUUUAAAGAAAAAAAAUGUGUAUCGAAAUCGACAGGACGGGGCAAUCGUGUGAAUGUGGAGAGAUCGCGUGAAGGAAAGUAUAACGGGGUGGAAGAGUGAGAAGAGGAGGAGAGAUUUUACACGCGUCGGAGUCUGUGACACCCGCCGUGCCCGAUGGAGCCGCAUACAUUCACCAUCCCUUUGGCUUUGUUGACAUUUGUCUUACGUGGAGUAAACGGCGGAGGAUUGUAUUUCACCAUCGAGCCGCAGGAUGUUGUAGUCGAGCAAGGAGGAUCCACAAGAUUGGAUUGCGAAGCAAAAAGUAGUUUUGGUCAAGUUACGAUACAGUGGCGAACGGACGAUGGCACGCCGAUUAAUUUUAUCGGGGAAAACUAUCGGUCGCAGCUAGCAAAUGGAUCCUUGUACAUAAAUAGCGUAUACGCCGGUAGUUCAGAAUUAACUGGAAGCUAUCAAUGCCUAGCAUCCGUAGAUGAUGUUGGUGCUAUUGUUUCUCGAGUUGCAACGAUCAAACUUGCAAGUUUGCCUGGUUUUGAAAAAGAACCCCAAGAUACAAUGGUUUAUCCAGGACAAAUAGCCUAUUUGAGUUGCACACUACCGGCCUCAUCUAGCUUAUUAAAAAUACAAUGGCUUAAGGACGAACGGCCUAUAGUACUCGAUGAUAAUCGUAUGACUAUUAUGCCGUCAGGUGCUUUGGAGAUAAAUGACGUUCAGAUUCAAGAUGUUGGAUCGUAUAGAUGUAAUGCAAGUGGUUAUGGACAGUACCGGCUAAGUAAUAAAGCACAAUUAGGACUAUUAACUAGCGAUAUAGAUCAAGGAUCGUCUCCACCGAUUUUUAUUGCACAACCUACGCAACAAGUAGCCGUAAAAGGUUCUACUAUAACUUUGGAAUGUGCUGCUAAUGGUUAUCCUAAACCUACAAUUUUUUGGCUCAAAGAUGGUGUGUCUAUAGACUUAGGAUUGUUUGACUCUAGGUAUCGUAAAAUAGCCUCGUCUACUCUAAUGAUCACUGAUCUUAAAGAAACGGAUAAUGGCUUGUAUCAAUGUCGAGCCGAAAAUGAAGUUGAAACUUUAGAUUCUGUUGCUGAGGUCAUGGUGCAAGUUCCGCCAACGUUUAUUAAGAAACCGGAAGACAAGGUUGCCAGUGAAAGUCAAGAUUUAGAAUUUGAAUGUCUAAUUUAUGGAAAACCAGAACCAAAAGUUACCUGGUUGAAAAACGGUGAACGCAUUACCGUUAACGAAUAUUGGCAGAUAAUUAAUGGUAACAAUCUUAGAAUCAAUGGCCUUCUUGCUAUAGACGCUGGAAUAUUUCAGUGUAUAGGAGUAAAUCCUGCUGGUAGUGUCCAAGCAUCGGCAAGACUUACCAUUAAUCAACCUAAAAAAACAAUUCCUCAAAAAGCAACGACUCCAAAGUCCAUUCCAAAAAAAAAAUUACUCUAUCGUCCUCUGUAUAAUAAAACAUGGCAGCAUCCCAGUACGCUAUUAGGUCAUACAUUAUCAGCAUUUACACCAAAUCCUCCAUUAUCGAUCAGUCCUUCCGAUGAUCCAGCCGAUCUUCCAGGAUUAGUCAAAUAUCCUAGCUCCCUUUACGAUCCAAAUACCCAUUUUGUAGAUGAUACAGAAAGUAUGGAAUCGAUCGAAGGCAGCGUACCAUCGGCUCCUAGAAAUUUAAGCUUCAUCAUCGUUACUGCAAGAUUCGUUACGUUACGUUGGCAAGAACCCGAAAAUACCAACGGCGAUAUACUAAGUUAUUAUAUUUAUUACAAACAGGAAGGUGUACAAAGAGAACGCAGUAUCAACACUCAACAAAAAUUAGAAGCAAUGAUAUCAGGCUUACAACCGAGUAUGACUUAUCAGUUUCGAGUAGUUGCUCAAAAUUCGAGAGGAGUUGGUGCUUCGAGUGAAGUAUUACUAGUAACCACUCAAUCUGAGGCAAAUGUCCCAGGACCACCGAUAAAUUUAGAAGGUCACGCUAAUAGCGCUACAAUCAUUGUUUUAUCGUGGGACGAACCGCAAGUUAUUAAUGGACGUAUUUCUAAAUAUAUUAUCACAUAUACAGAGGGAGAUGUUGAGGAAAAAACACGUGAAACUACAAGUACAACGUACGAAUUGGUAGAUCUCGUGCCUUAUACAGAAUACAGUAUUAGAAUUCAAGCUGUCAAUGAAAAUGGUCCUGGUGCAUACACUAGAGAAAUUCUAGUACGAACACACAGUGCUCAACCUUCACAACCACCUCAUAAUGUUACAUUAGAGGCAGCUAGUUCAACUAGUAUUAUUGUAAGAUGGGAACCACCGUUGGAUGGUCAAAAUGGGAUUAUUACCGGUUAUAAAAUUCGUUAUCGUCGACAAGAUCGCCGUUAUACACCAAAUUCAGUUACAACCGAAGGAAAUCAACGUUUAUACGUGAUUACUGGCCUCGAAAAGCAUGUCAUAUAUCAAGUUCGAAUGAGUGCCUUAAAUGUUAAUGGAACUGGACCUUGGACCGAAUGGGUGACUAUAGAAACAUAUGAGAAAGAUCUAGACGAGACUAAUGUACCGGGUGCUCCUAGUAACAUUAGAACCAAACCUAUGGCUGAUUCUAUAUCAAUUUGGUGGGGCCCACCGAAAGAUCAGAGUAUUAAAGUUAGAGGAUACAGAAUUGGUUGGGGUAAAGGAUAUCCUGAUGUUGAAGAUCAAGUUCUUGAUGGAAAACAACGAUUUUUUACUAUCGAAAGUUUAGAACCAACAACGGAAUACGUUAUUUCUAUAAGAGCAACAAAUGAAGCUGGUGAAGGGCAGCCAUCAUAUGCCAACGUAAGAACUACAGAACGUUCUGUAUCUGAAUAUAUUGUGCCUUUAAUACCACCAGUUGGUCUUAAAGCAAUCGUUUUAUCAGCUGCUACUGUUGUACUCUAUUGGACUGAUACAACUUUACCAAAAAGUCAAUAUGUAACAGAUAAUCGUUAUUACGUCGUACGUUACACGUCUUAUCACCAUAGUAGCAAUCCACGUUACAAGUAUUUUAACGCUACCGAUUUAAAUUGUAUGAUAAAUGAUUUAAAACCUAAUACACAAUACGAAUUCACCGUUAAGGUGAUCAAGGGAAAAAGAGAAUCACCAUGGAGUAUGGUAGUAUUAAAUCAAACUCAGGAAGCUGCACCAGGUUCUCCACCGAGAGAUUUAAGCGUUCAUAGUGUUGAAGAUCGACCAAUUUCAGUUAUUCUACGAUGGCAACCACCGAAACAACCUAAUGGCCCAAUCACUGGAUACCUCAUUUCUUAUUCUACGGAUUACAAUAAAUGGGAUCGUGAUUGGUUAUUCGCAGGUGUUGUUGGUGAUAAAACUGAAUUUCUGAUCAGAAUGUUACAACCAAGUACAACGUAUUAUUUCAAGAUUAAGUCUCGUAACUCUAAAGGAUAUGGACCAUUUUCGGCAACGGUUUCUUUUAAAACUCCACAAAGCAAUGGCAUUCAUAUCUAUGAUGAAUUGCAUGUUCGAGAUGGCCGUGGUCUAUCCAAUAUACUGAUCUACAUUAUAGUAGGUUGUUCAGUCGUUCUUAUUACCGGCAUAGCAGUUGUCGUUGUUGUAAUGUGCUGUAAACGAAAUCCAGAUUCACCGGAUCGAAAAAAAGGAUACAUGAAAGAUGUGAAUCCAAAAACUAAUAUUAAACCACCAGAUUUAUGGAUUCAUCAUGAUCAAAUGGAACUCAAAGCUCUUGAAAAAUCAUCUAUCAAUGGUGAAGCAUCUACCAGCGGUGUUGCUAGUAAUACUUUGCCAAGAUCAGGAAAUCAAGAAUAUACUCAAGAUAAUGUGCAUGGAAAUUCCAGUUCGUUGGAUAAACGCACAUAUGUACCCAGUUAUAUGGGUAACACUGACGAGAAGUGCUCUACCCUGAGCAGACAGCACAGUCGGGGAAGCCACAAACCUAAACUCAUAACACUUCCUGUCGACAGUGCACCCGUACAUCAGCCUAUAGCAACUGCAACGCCGAUUGUCAAUAGCAGUUUGUCACAACCAACAAUUCACAGUACGUGUACGGAUGCUCCGUCUGUGAGACAAAAUUAUCCACGUACCGUGGCACAAUACAGUUUAAGUCGAGCGCACAUAACGUUAGAACCAACACCAGAAUCUAGUCCAGAUUCUUGUAACCUGCCAAGUUCAUACGAACCUCUACAAAGUCAAUUACCGUAUAGCCAAAGUGGACAGUCAUACAGUGGAAGUAGUCAGUAUGCUUCCAGUCACUAUGGUAGUGGUAGCCAACCUACUAGUAGUGCUACAGCGUUAGAUAGUAGUACUAGUAAAAGACUUCAAGGACAUCCUUUGAAAAGCUUUAGUGUACCAGCACCUCCUCCACAAUCUGCACCUUCUACCCCAGCACAGCAGAAACACGGAGUGUCGCAAGUAACGGUAAGACCAACAAUAUCUGGUAGUCCAUACAAAAAGCCUCAAGGCUCUACGUCGCAAUUAGCAAAGAAUCGAUUAGCUUCGGUUUCAAAUCCAACGCAUACUUCAGAAGAAGUUGAACGAUUGAAGCCUUCAUAUAGCACAGAAGAAUUGAAUCAAGAGAUGGCCAAUUUAGAGGGUCUAAUGAAAGAUCUAAACGCGAUAACAGCAUCUGAAUUUGAAUGCUAAGUAAUAGCAGGUUCCUAAAUUUUGUGUGCCAUCUCCUAAUUGGAUAAACAAUAUGAUGUGACAACGCAUUAUCAAUGUUAGUACUCGAGAGGUCAAUU